UCCCGGUGAUGGAGCGUCACAUACAAAACUGUAAUAUGGAUGGAGUACAUGUAACCUUAGGCUUUUUUGAAGAUAUAGUUAUCCCGUCGCAUAAACUGCAGUAUCCAUCAAGGUUUGACCAGACGGAACAAGUAUGGGUCUGGGAGUACGACACUGGUAAUGGAGAAAAGCAUGAUCUUUUCAUGGAUGUUGGAGAAAUUAUUCGUUUCAGAGUAGUUAAAGAAAUGUUUGCGGAAUCCUUACCGAGUAAUCCUCAUGGACCUAAAGAUUCUAAUGAGAAAUCCGAAUCUAAAAGCGUAUCGCCAUACACUUUAGAAGCAGCUAUCGACGAGCCUGGACUUGGAUUACUUUCCUGGUGGGAAAAUACAUGAAGCAAUUAUAAGUGUAAAUAAGUAUAAAUGUAAAUAAGAUAUUACAUAUGUUUAAAUAUAUUUAAAA